UUUUCUCGAACGGGGCAUCACGAACUUGAAGCGCUGCACCUAUCUGGUGCUGGACGAAGCCGACCGGAUGCUGGACAUGGGCUUCGAGCCUCAGAUCCGCAAGAUCAUGGGACAGAUUCGGCCAGAUCGGCAGGUGCUGAUGUGGUCCGCUACCUGGCCCAAGGAAGUGCGCCAGUUGGCUGAAGAAUUUUUGGCCGAUUACAUUCAAAUCAAUAUCGGCUCGCUGAACCUGUCGGCGAAUCACAACAUUCUGCAGAUCGUGGAUGUGUGUGAAGACUACGAGAAGGAUCAGAAGCUGAUGAAGCUGCUGACGGAGAUUUCGGCCGAGCCGGAUACGAAGACGAUCAUCUUCGUCGAGACGAAGCGUCGCGUCGAUGAUAUUACGCGCAUUGUGAACCGUAACGGAUGGCGUGCGGUGGCCAUUCACGGUGACAAGUCGCAACAGGAGCGCGACUACGUGCUCAGUGCGUUCCGCAACGGGCGCCAGGGCAUUCUGGUGGCAACCGAUGUUGCCGCUCGUGGAUUAGAUGUGGAAGACGUAAAGUUCGUAAUCAAUUACGACUAUCCGUCGAAUUCGGAAGAUUACGUGCAUCGGAUUGGUAGAACGGGACGCUCGAACAACACCGGCACCGCCUACACCCUGUUCACCCACUCGAACGCCAACAAAGCCAACGACCUGAUCAACGUCCUGCGUGAAGCGAAUCAGGUCAUCAACCCUCGUCUGGUUGAGCUUGCCAAACCGAACAUGGGCAAGGGCCGUCAGCGUUACAGCAAUAAUCGUUUUGGUGGACAACAGAACCGUCCUCCACGAGAUGGCGGCAUGUACGGCGGUGGUAGCGGUGCUGGUGGUCGGUUCGGAGGUCAACAGCGAGAUGGUGGCGCCCCGAAGUACGGUGGCGGUGCUGACAAGUACGGUCCUCCCCGUGACAACCGUGCAGCCGCUGCAGCUGCGGUCGCCGCCAUGUACGCUAAUGGCGGGGGUGGUAUGGCCAGCCUCUCCCAGACGCUCAGCGGACUGGGGGCUAGUGCUGGUGGUUUGAAGCCCGCCGGUGGUAUAGGCGCUGGACUUGGCGCUCAACGUCAGAGUCGCUUCUCGUCUGCCUCUACUCCCUCGUCAGCCGCAUCCGCUGCUGUCGCGGCUGCAACUGCGUUCGCCUCCAGUUACCAUCAAAGCAAAUAUCCCGGUACUGCUAAUUCGGGGGCAGGAUUAGCAGGAGCGCAUCCUUCGGUUGCUGCGGCCAGUAGUGGCGUAGCUUACGGUACCGCACCGCCUGCCUACAAAACAUCGGCCGGAAGUGAUGCAGCAACGGCAGCACACCUAUACGGCGGUGGUUAUGCGGCUCGUGCCGCACCUACCAGUUUACCAUCGAGUGCCGCGGCAGCAGCGGCUGCUGCAGCUGCUGUAUAUCAGUACGCGGCGAACGGGGCAACCCAAGCAUUUGCCUACCCUCCACCGCAAGUGGUGUUGAACUAAGCUAUCAGUAAGAACCAGUAUACCGCGCAACGCAUGAUAAUGGAUCGUCAUUUUUGCUUUUAGUUCCACUCUUUCCUACGAGAGCACCAUUUACACAUAGUUUCAAUUUAUACUAACAAAGAUCCGUUCGAAAGAAUCGAUCGUCAAGAUCUCCCAAGAGAGAAUUACAUUAAGAUACUUUUAAUCUGUAACAAAAUAACGGAUGAAUUCCAACGAUUGGAGAUCCCAAUGAGACAGUUGCGGUAUUUUGGUAAUUGGAUAAUCCGGUGAUCCAUUUCUUGUUACCGUUGGCAUGACGGUGAAUACUUUAUUUAUUCCUUCUUUAUUUAGAUAUCAUACGAUGUCGAUGAAAUGGCGUACAAAAAUGGAUCAAAAAUAUUGUAUCAUUAUAGUGACAUUUUUUCAAAUUUUACAUCAUGAAAAAAAGGUGUUAACAGAAGCUAAGCUCCAUUGAAAUCGUUAGAGAUGAAAAUGCAUAAGAUUGUUUGGUUUAUUUUGCUUCUUCUACUCAUUUGUUUAUUUUAGGAGUAAAAAAAGUAGGAAAGCGAUAUACAGGAUGAUUGAGCUGUUGUAGAAUGAAAAAAACCAGUAAAAAAUUUUAAUCUGUAAAUAUUCAAAGUAAAGUUAACGAGAGAUCUAAUACCAAAUUCCAUUUUCACCACACCCAAGCCACUACACAUUUUCAGUAAAAGAACAUUAAACAGUCGGUUUUAUCGUAAACAUUGGAGUGCUCAAUAGAAUUGAAAUGCAGUUUUUCCAUGUUGUGAUGAUCGUAAUUGCUUGAUGUUAUAGAACAGCAUUAAAAGCACAUUGCUGACCAUGACCCUGAAAUGUAAUGAAAACACUAUGGGUCGUUCAAAUUUUGUUCACAAAAAAGGAUUGGAAUAUUCUAGCUGAUCAUAAGCAGAGUAGAGAUGUAGAUGGGGCAAACAUUCAAAGAGACAUGCUCAGCGUACUCUUCUCUCAUUGUACAACCUGUGGUGAUAUCGUUUUCAGCAAUGAAAAUAGUAUAUAGUGUUGUAGUGCACUUCAUCAUGUUAUUCUACUUUCGUUUUAAGCAUAAUCUCUAACUGUGAAUUAAUUCGUGGGAGAAGCGGAAGUGGUAUUAUGGAAUAAGUAACAGCAAAACGAGAAACAGCAGAAUUCUCUCAUAUGGUCAAACUGAAUUAACAAAACAUAGCAAAAUCUCUUCAGUCGAUGUGUGUGAUGUAAAGGUAGUAACGUGGACCAUUUUUGUCCGAGAAUCGGAAACUGAUGGACCGGGACUGUAUGCCGUUUAUUUUGAAGUAUCCAAUAAAGAGAAUUUCUUAAACAUAA